CGCUUUCCUGACAUCACUUCCGGUUUUCACAGCAGUCGACUUCCAGGUCCUGCGGAGAGUGUCUUCGGGGUGCUCGGAGCUCCGUCUGGCUGCAGGAUGUCGCGCGGUUCCAUAGAGAUCCCUCUGCGGGAUACGGACGAGGUCAUCGAGCUCGACUUUGAUCAGCUUCCCGAAGGAGAUGAAGUUAUCAGUAUCCUGAAACAGGAGCACACCCAGCUGCACAUAUGGAUUGCCUUGGCGUUGGAAUAUUACAAGCAAGGAAAGACGGAGGACUUUGUGAAGCUGCUGGAAGCGGCUCGCAUAGAUGGCAACUUGGACUACAGGGACCACGAGAAGGACCAGAUGACUUGUCUGGACACUUUGGCGGCCUACUAUGUCCAACAGGCCCGCAAGGAGAAGAACAAAGACGGCAAGAAGGAGCUGAUCACACAGGCCACCUUGCUGUAUACCAUGGCCGACAAGAUCAUCAUGUACGACCAGAACCACUUGCUGGGAAGAGCGUGCUUCUGUCUCCUGGAGGGGGAUAAGAUGGACCAGGCCGAUGCCCAGUUUCACUUUGUGCUUAACCAGUCUCCGAACAACAUCCCGGCCUUGCUCGGAAAAGCUUGUAUCUCGUUCAACAAGAAAGACUACAGAGGGGCCCUUGCCUACUAUAAGAAAGCCUUGCGCACCAACCCUGGGUGUCCAGCCGGAGUCCGCUUAGGAAUGGGCCACUGUUUUGUAAAACUGAACAAGCUUGACAAGGCUCGUCUCGCCUUUGGUAGAGCUCUGGAUCUCAACCCGAAAUGCGUGGGCGCCCUCGUGGGCUUAGCUGUCCUUGAGCUGAACAACAAGGAGGCCGAUUCUAUCAAAAAUGGUGUACAACUACUGUCCAAAGCGUACACCAUCGACCCAAGUAACCCCAUGGUGCUCAACCACCUUGCCAACCAUUUCUUCUUCAAAAAGGAUUACAGCAAAGUGCAGCAUUUGGCCCUCCAUGCGUUUCACAACACAGAAGUUGAAGCUAUGCAAGCUGAGAGCUGCUACCAGCUGGCCAGGUCAUUCCAUGUACAGGAGGACUACGACCAGGCGUUUCAGUACUACUAUCAGGCCACGCAGUUUGCAGCGGCCUCUUUUGUGCUGCCGUUCUUCGGCUUGGGCCAGAUGUACAUUUACAGAGGGGAUAAGGAGAACGCGGCGCAAUGCUUUGAGAAAGUCCUGAAGGCCUAUCCCAAUAACUACGAGACCAUGAAGAUUCUGGGCUCCCUGUACGCCGGCUCCGAUGACCAGGAGAAGCGGGACACUGCAAAGAGCCACCUGAAGAAGGUCACCGAGCAGUACCCAGACGACGUGGAGGCGUGGAUCGAGCUUGCGCAGAUUUUGGAGCAGACGGAUAUACAGAAUGCCUUGUCUGCGUACGGGACGGCUACCAGGAUUCUGCAGGAGAAGGUGCAAGCCGACGUCCCUCCGGAAAUUCUGAAUAAUGUGGGCGCUCUUCAUUUCCGCCUGGGAAACCUGGGUGAAGCUAAGAAAUAUUUCAUGGCAUCCUUGGACCGCGCCAAAGCAGAAGCCGAACACGAUGAACAUUAUUACAGCGCCAUUUCCGUCACCACCACCUACAACUUGGCCAGGUUGUUUGAGGCUCUGUGCGAAUUUCACGAAUCGGAGAAACUCUAUAAGAACAUUCUAAGAGAACAUCCAAACUAUGUGGACUGUUACUUGCGUCUUGGCGCAAUGGCCCGAGACAAAGGAAACUUCUAUGAGGCUUCGGAUUGGUUUAAAGAAGCCUUGCAGAUUAAUCAGGAUCAUCCUGACGCCUGGUCUCUGAUCGGGAACUUGCACUUGGCGAAGCAGGAAUGGGGACCGGGACAGAAGAAGUUUGAGAGGAUCCUGAAGCAGCCGUCCACACAGAAUGACACCUACUCUAUGUUGGCUCUGGGCAACGUUUGGCUGCAGACUUUACAUCAACCAACCCGUGACCGAGAGAAGGAAAAGCGUCACCAGGAUCGUGCGUUGGCGAUCUACAAGCAGGUGCUCAGGAACGACUCCAAGAAUCUCUAUGCAGCAAAUGGAAUUGGAGCGGUCUUGGCGCACAAAGGUUAUGUCCGUGAGGCCCGUGAUGUUUUUGCUCAGGUCAGAGAGGCAACGGCAGAUAUUAGUGACGUCUGGUUAAACCUGGCGCACAUCUACGUGGAGCAGAAACAGUUCAUUAGUGCUGUGCAAAUGUAUGAAAACUGUUUGCGCAAGUUCUACAAACACCAGAACACGGAGGUGCUGCUGUACUUGGCCAGAGCGCUCUUCAAAUGCGGCAAGUUGCAGGAGUGCAAGCAGAUCCUCCUGAAGGCUCGGCAUGUGGCCCCCAACGACACCGUCCUCAUGUUCAAUGUGGCCCUGGUGCUCCAGAGACUUGCAACGUCCAUACUGAAGGAUGAAAAGAGUAACUUGAAGGAAGUAUUGAAUGCUGUAAAGGAGCUUGAACUGGCGCACAGAUAUUUCAAUUAUCUGAGCAAAGUCGGCGAUAAGAUGCGGUUUGAUUUGGCCCUCGCUGCCUCAGAGGCCAGGCAGUGUUCCGAUCUCCUGAGCCAGGCGCAGUAUCACGUGGCUCGCGCCCGUAAACAGGACGAGGAGGAGAAGGAGCUGCGAGCCAAACAAGAACAGGAGAGGGAGCAGCUGAAACAGAAACUGAUGAAAGCGCAGGAAGAGAAACGUCAUAAGGAGGAGGUCGAGCAUAAAAAGCUCUUGGAGCAGAGAGCUCAGUACGUGGAGAAGACCAAAAACCUCCUUCAGUUCACCGGAGAAAUGGAGACCCAAAAAGAAAGGAAACGAGGUGGUGGAGGAGGACGGAGAUCCAGAAAAAAUGGGGACUUUGAUGAGUUUGUUAAUGACGACUCGGACGACGAUCUACCCAGAAAGAAGAAGAGGAAGAAGGGCGGCAGUGACAGCGGAGGGGAUCAGGAGGGCGGCGAAGGCCAAGAGGGAGACAAGAAGAAGAAAAAGAGAAGGAAGAGGCCUUCAAAGACAGGUGAAGGAGGAUCAGAUGAUGAUGAUCGUCCACGACCUAAAAAGAAACCUCCAAAGAAGCCGGUUAAAGUUGAGCGAACUCCGGCUUCCAUGAAAGGCAAAAUCAAAUCGAAGGCCAUGAUCUCCUCCAGCGAUGAUGACUCUUCGGACGAGGACAAACUGAAAAUCGCAGAUGAAGGAAAUGCCAGAAACAGCAACAGUGACUCGGAUGAUGCCCCCAAACCAGCAAAAAAGCGCAUAAUGUCUGACAGUGACUCUGAUAACGGGAAUAAAUCUGGAAGCGACGCCGGCAGCCCGCAGAGGUCUCAGCAGUCGGGCGAAGACUCCGAAGACAACUGGCGGAAGAAGAGGCGAAGGUCGGACUCCGGAUCAGACAACGGCUCCGUCCGGUCCAGAAGAAGUGCUUCCGGGGGCUCAGCCAACGGGUCGCGGGCAGCAUCGCGAAGCCCCCAGUCGGACAGGGGAUCUGGCAAUGAGGGUUCGGCCAGGGGUUCACCAGGAGGUUCGCCCGGGGGUUCACCUAGGGGCUCGGCAAAUGAGUCGGAGCAGGAGGGGUCCACCAAUGAGAAAUCGGACCGUGGAUCUGAUGACAGCGAUUAGGCGGGAAGCGUCACACCGGUGUAUUUAAUGUAAAUAAACCCAAAACGAAAAAAAAAAGGGAAAAAGAGUAAAAGAAAAAAAAAAUUAAUUUGUACAUAUUUGUUGCUGGAAAAAAAAAGUGUUAGUGCAGCAGAAAGAGAGACGGCUUUCUUGGUUGUUUCUCCUGCAGUUGACCGAGUCUAAGGGGCACGUUAAAAGAAACCUGUCCGGAAUACAGAGGGGGACGUUGCUGAUCUCCUAAUAAAAAUUCCGGUUGCUCGUCUCUGGCCUUGUAUUUUCAUUCAUUUUAGUUGAGCGCUAUAUACCAUCCCUGGCCAAUCCCCCCCCCCCCCCCCCCCCCAAAGGAAGAUGGGAAUCCCUAGACACCUCUACUCCAGUGAUCUUCACCAGCUUCUGGGCCCUGUGUCGGGCAGCUGACAUGCGUUCUCAACACGGGAGGCGCCAUUCCGCAAAUGCAAUGUGUUGCAAGAAGGGCUUUGUGUCUCUCAAUUGGGGUCCCCACCAUACUCGCCUUGUGUGCCCCCCCCCUAACAGCUCCUGUGCAUGGAUCAGCGUUGUUGGGGAGAGUGGUGACGUCGCUCACCCAGUCAUGUGACGGUGCUCGGAUCUGGUGAUUGGAUGCUAGGCCCCCAGCACCUCUUAGGGGAGAAAAUCAUACGCUCCUUCAUAUGUGGAAGUGCUGAAUGUUCCCCAGCUGCAGAAGGAGGCGAGGAGUUGUGGGGGUGCACAGAUGAGGGGUUCAGGGAAUGCCCUUUCCAGAUGCAUGGUCGCAUUUCAAGUUUCAGCCCCUGUCCCCCCCCCCAAAAAUAAGGUAAUGGGCAACGCUUUGCCUCUUUUCUCCUGAAGGCGAUGUGUUUUUUUGUUUUUUUUUGUUAAUUGUUUGUUUUCUACUUUAAAAAAAAAAAAGAGCGUAAAUGCUGGUCUAGGGUUUAGGAUUCAGGAAUGGGUUCAUAGAUUGAUGGUGGUAACUCUAAUGCCUGGAUCACUAUGAAAUUCCUUGGUGUUUGUACAUGUUGUACUGCCUACCCGAUAUCUUGUUUGUAUAAUUUUCGAAUAUGCUAAAAUUACAUUUUUGGGGAAAAAAUUAAAUUAGGCAACACUUAAAGGGCCAGUUCAUCUUUUACAGAAAACUCUGACCUUACAGAGGUCCCCCUCCUCACACCCUCCCUAGAAAUCCCCUGAGCUGAAUGUCCAAAACCUCCCUCGUCGGGGGGGCAUGUUUUCCAAAACCUCCCUCGUCGGGGGGGCAUGUUUUCCAAAACCUCCCUCGUCGGGGGGGCAUGUUUUCCAAAACCUCCCUCGUCGGGGGGGCAUGUUUUCCCAAAACCUCCCUCGUCGGGGGGGCAUGUUUUCCCAAAACCUCCCUCGUCGGGGGGGCAUGUUUUCCCAAAACCUCCCUCGUCGGGGGGGGGGUUGCCUGUUUUCCGAAACCUCCCUCGUCGGUGGGGCCCGUUUUCUGAAACCUCCCUCGUCGGUGGGGCCCGUUUUCCGAAACCUCCCUCGUCGGUGGGGCCCGUUUUCCGAAACCUCCCUCGUCGGUGGGGCCCGUUUUCCGAAACCUCCCUCGUCGGUGGGGCCCGUUUUCCGAAACCUCCCUCGUCGGUGGGGGCCCGUUUUCCGAAACCUCCCUCGUCGGUGGGGCCCGUUUUCCGAAACCUCCCUCGUCGGUGGGGCCCGUUUUCCGAAACCUCCCUCGUCGGUGGGGCCCGUUUUCCGAAACCUCCCUCGUCGGUGGGGCCCGUUUUCCGAAACCUCCCUCGUCGGUGGGGCCCGUUUUCCGAAACCUCCCUCGUCGGUGGGGCCCGUUUUUCCGAAACCUCCCUCGUCGGUGGGGCCCGUUUUUCCGAAACCUCCCUCGUCGGUGGGGCCCGUUUUUCCGAAACCUCCCUCGUCGGUGGGGCCCGUUUUUCCGAAACCUCCCUCGUCGGUGGGGCCCGUUUUUCCGAAACCUCCCUCGUCGGUGGGGCCCGUUUUUCCGAAACCUCCCUCGUCCUGCGGGGGCAUGUUUUCCGAAACCUCACUCGUCUCGCGGGGGCAUGUUUUCCAAAACCUCCCUCGCCGCGGGGGCAUGUUUUUGAGCAUUCUAAUUGGUCAGCGCUGUCACAUGGGCGGCGCUGACCAGUAGCCCCAUGGCCCGUCUUAUCGGCUAUGAAGAAGACUAGUGGAUGGUGAGAAUAUUUCUAAGCCCUGGGCUCCUGGCAUGCAUAUACCGGAGAUUGCGACGGUCCAGGUCAGGGGGACUGGGGGGGGUUGGGUCAAGGAAGGGGACCUGUAUAAGUUCACCUUACAAAUUUUUCAUUUCCCCCACAUUCACCAACUGGGAGGGGGGCGGCUAGUCAGGCCUACCUGCACAUCAGUGGUUGGCUGUGCCAGAACCCGGAAUAUUCGGGGCAGCCUCCCGAUGAUGUCACAGAUAAACAUGGUAGAUCGGCGGCUGCAGAGAAGAUCUCGGCAGGACAACGCUGGAUGUUGGUGAAUAUCUGAAGUGUGGCCAGCUCAGCAUCGGGGUGAGUGGGGGAGCCAAGAAAAAA